UAAAAAUAUUCAAUAAUGUAGUUCAGGAUUUCAUAUUUUUUUAAAAACUUUAAAAAUGACAUUUUAUGAAAAUAUGCCUUAACAGAUCCUUCACUCAAACAUGUGAUAUUUUGUUUUUUGUCACCAUUUUUUCAGCAUUGCGCCUUGUAGUAAUGUGAUCGUUCAAAGUAAUUGACUUGCCACAGUUUUGAAAAUAGUUUCAGAGUUCAGACAGACAUGAGUUGAUAUAAUAAGUUCAUGACACUACUUUAUGGGUUCUGCAGGUGUUUAAAGUCCUAAAAUGAAGAUGUAUGUGUAAAGAUUAUAAGAUUUCUCUUAUAAUGCUCUGUUACAUACAACCAUUAGUGCUGUCACUGUGAAAAAGGCUGAAUAAGUGUUCAAUGGUUAAAGCUUAAUGAAGCAGGAUAAGUUUAAUUAAAGAAAGGUGUGACGUCUGUCUUCACGUAAUCACUGUGUUUCUGAGCUCUCCAUAUCACAUAUCCAGAAAACAGCCGAGUGUGAAGCUUCCCUUUUUCUAAUUGUUGGGUUUAUCUGUAGGUCUCUGCUUCGGUGACAAAUGAACACGUCACAUAAUAUAACAGAAUCAGAGGAGAAUUACUGGUCCAGAAUUGAGAAGUCUAUUCUCGCUCCCAUCCUCACCACUGAGAUGGUACUGGGUGUUUUGGGAAAUGGACUGGUUUUGAUAGUUAAAUUAGUGUGUAAAGACCAUUUUCAGUGUCUUUACUGGCUGCCACUUUUCAGUCUCACGCUCUCAGAUUUCUUCUGCUCCAUCCUCAUAAUCUGUGGCUCCCUCUUAGCUGUGCUGAGUGACGGUCAGAUUUCACCGUGGUGUGAGGUGGUGAGCCUGCUAAAGUUCACCUUCAUCACCUCUUCCAUUGGAAGCAUAGCUAUUCUCUGUGUUCAGAGAUUUAUGGGCAUUCCUUCCAAAGGCAAAAGACUGUCUGUUGUCAUGGCAGUUGCAUGUGUGGCAUCAUGGUGCACUGGAGCUAUAUUUGGAGCAGUGCCAGUAGCCUAUGAGUGGAUAAGAUAUGAUCCAGCUGAAAUGCUGUGUGCAGUGUUCUGGGAGAGCAGUUACUCUGACAUGCUGGUUUACAUCCUCUGUGCCUUCUCCACCUCCAUCUUCGUCCCAUUCCUCCUAAUACUCUGCUGCUCCAUCCUGACUUGUGUAGGCUUUGGGAAACAAUGUUCUAGUCAGGAUGACCUGUCCUCUAUCACGCCACUGCUGGUGAUCUUUUAUCUGUUCUGCUAUGCUCCAUUUGCUGCAUCUGAGUUGGUUCUCCUUGGACGGCUUGAUCUGUCCCCGUCCCCUGAGUGGCUGAGAUCACUAUCAUCAGUAAUGGCGUAUCUGGACUGUUGUUUAAACCCAUUCAUCUACUGCACAAAUAAAGACUUCCGAGAAGCAGUUCUCAUACUUGUGUGGAACAAAAGGAGAUCAAUUACUCCAGAGCCAGUGCUGACUGGCAUUACAAGGCUUGAAUUAUGAGGAUUUACGUGCAUGAAGAUAAUAAAAAGUGCAUCAUAUUAUGAAUUUAAUUGUAACAAAUGACACUCUUUCCUAUGUGUGGUGAGAUACAAAUAUUGCAGUGUAGGUGAUAAAGAUGUUUUUGCUCCAGAAUAUUGUUUUAAUGCGACAAGUUAAGACAAGAACAAUACAUUUUUAACUUUAAUACUGGAAAAUCAGACUAAGGGAUAUUAUGAACAAACUUUUAGUAGUUU